AUGCUGGAAGGAGAAACCCCGACCCAACGGGAAAUCAACACUGCUACGCAGAUGAAUAACCCCUCCCAGGGGUGUCCUAUCACCCUAGUGACAAUACCGGAAGGAAAAACCCUGACCCCACCGGAAAUCAACACUGCUACGCAGAUGAAUAACCCUUCCCAGGGGUGUCCUAUCCCCCUAGAGACAGUGCCGGAAGGAGAGGUUCCGACUCCAAGUGAAACCAAUACCGCUACGCUGAUGUAUAACUCGAUCGAGGGGUGCCCUACCCCCUGGAGACAGUGCCAAAAGGAGAAACCCCGACCUCACGGGACAGCAGCGCUAACGUCACACAGAAGGGCUAAAAAGGCCUCAAGUAGGCCUAGGCCUAUUCUCGAUGAAUUCAGAGGGUCUAACGAGGAAGCAUACUUGAAACGUAUUUUUAAAUGGCUUUUUACUGAACAGAAUCACCCUGGAUUUUUAAACUUAGUUAUAAAGAAUAGCAACGCUGCUGAGGGAACGUGUUUCACCGAUGCGUCGGUUUAUCUGCGAGUAACUGCUGAGCAGCGAAUCUAUGCACUACGAGAAAACUACUGCGAGUCUGGCAGGCCAGAGUGUGGAUUUCUUCACAUGAAGGAUAUUUUAAAUGCACAUAUUCUUGGGGAAUUUUCAGCAGGUGGAGUAGAUGCCAUCGAGAAAUACACCAGUUCUCAUCAGCAAGCCUUCUUGGUGUUGAUGGAAUUCCUACGUGAGCAAAAAAAACAUGGAAAGGCACUUCAAAAAGUUUUUCAAAUGACUCCCUCAGCAAAUGGAAGUAAAGAGACACAGGUUAUGGCUGUGUUGGCUCAUCACCUGUUUUCCCAGUUGGUGCCAGGCAAGAAGUAUGAGGUAGAUGAAUUCGCAAAGCAAGUCCCAAAAGAAUGCGGCUGUGGUUGUAAGGCUGAUGUUUGUGGAGGAAAUACUGCAGUAGGGUCACCAGGAACAUGGCAUGGCAGAGUAGAUAUUUUGCUGAAUCAUACAAUUGCUGUGACAGUUUUAAAGAAGCAAAUUGUCAGCAAAGAGGAAGAGGAAGAAGACGUGGAUGAAAAUGAAGGUGAAACUGAAUGGAAAAGAAGAAAGGUGGAGAGUUGUGAUAUCUGUGUUGAAGAGAAAGCUGGCAAGAAGCAUGACAUUGUUCUCUUAGAUCAGAAAGUCAUUCAACAAAUCUUGGCUGAAGCUAUAACAAAUGGCUUUGCUCAAGUUAACAUGAAUAGGGGCUCACUGUCACACUUCCUGAUUCCGACGUUUGGAGCCACGCCAGAACAUGUUACUAUCUGUCUGUAUGACCCUGAAAAUGACUACUUAUUGCACAUCCAGGAACAGCUUCCGUUAUUUUUUCAUUCAGGUCUGAUCACAGACCAGCUAGAUGAGGUUACUGUAAUAAUCAUUUGGCUUUUCUUGAAUUUCACUCUGUUUACUAAAGAAAAUAUUAGUUCUUUUAUAGAUCUUGAGAAGUCAGGAUUACAUAAAGAUUUAGAGGAAUUUCUGAAGUUUUACAAAAAGGCAGAAACAAGGAUAAAUUUUGUUUCACAGACAUCUACCGCAUCCUGUUUCCAAUCUAUCCGCACCAAGAAGUGUGUUGCCAAGUAAACUUGGCUGCAAAUGAUCUUUGAAACAAUUAUCUCUGUCAAAUUUUGUACACAUCGCCACUAUAGUUGGCCAUCUUCGAUUUUAGGAGAAAGUCUAUAAAGUACUGGACAGAUCUCAAAUGUGUUUUGGUGAAUGUAAAUAUAACUAUGUAUAUAUUACAUUAAAGAUAAAAUAAUA